AUGGACGUCACCACAAGAGAACCAGAAGUACCCAAGACCCGUGUGGCCCACAUGCAACAGAUGCACUUUAAAGAUCCUUUGAUCAAAAUCAAUCAACAUUUACUCCAAAACAACAUCUUUCUCUCUCAAUCAACUCCACCACAACCGCAGUCUCAACCACUAUCACUAUCACUAUCAUUACCAAUAUCACUACCACAGCCACAAGAACAAGAGCAAGAACAAGAACAAGAGCAAGAACAAGAACCAGAGCAAGAACAAGAACAAGCGCUAAAACAAGAGCAAGAACAAGAACAAAACCAAGAACAAGAUCCAAACCAUAGUCAUAGCCAUCAAGAUCUGUCUUACACUGACCUUGUAUCUGAAAAAUUUGGACCUAUCAACCAUUCACAGCUAGAACAAUACUACGACAAUUCACAGCUAAUCAUGAAACGUUCUACAGCCUUGCAAUCAAAUAACAGUAUCAAUACUGCUGCGGUAUAUCGUCAACAUACAAAUAUCAUUAAUAAUCAUAAUAAUCACAACCACAGCAAUAGUAUUCAGCAGCAUCACCAACAAAUUAAUAACAACAACAAUCUUCAUCAUCAUCAUAAUCAUCAUAUGCAUCAUAUUAAUCACAGUCAAGAAGACCCUAAUACACAAGAGCCCACCAACGAUUUCCUGUUUUAUCCUUCGGCUGCCAUACAUUUGGACCAGAGAUACAGACCUUUUGCUGGAGGUUCUCCUGCAAAUAUUGGGUAUGGCCCCAUGCCUCACAACCAUCACAAUCACCAUAAUCACCAACAGCAUCAUCAGCACCACCACCACCACCACCACCAACAGCAACAACAGCAGCAGCAUACUUUUGGGGACUCGGUACCAGUGGCCGAAGACGGCGCAGUGGUAGAUGCCACAAGUUUUGCCAUCUCACCCUCUCUAAAAACAAAUUCCAAGAAAUAUCCUCACGAACGUACACGUAGACAAUCCAAGCCUGCUUCACCACAAGAAGCCAUUGAAAACUACGACGAUAUGUUUGCCGCCCAAGCAAAUCUUCAAGCUAUAAUGGAUAAACGCCGGAGAAGACGAGAGUCACACAAUGCCGUUGAGAGACGUCGUCGAGAUAAUAUUAAUGACAGAAUUCAAGAACUCGGUACACUUUUACCGGAUCUGGAAGAAGACGGCAUCAACAGACUAAACAAGGGAACCAUCUUACGCAAGAGUGUGGAUCAAAUUAAACAGCUCCAGCGAGAUGUAAAUCAAUGUCAACAGCGAGUGCAUGAGCUCGAAACCCUACUGAAACAAGUCUCCCGACAGCGAACACCAUCUGCAAGACUCCAACUGCACUAA